AUGACUACUCUGGGCAACCUGACACCCUCAAGCACUGUGUUUUUCUGUUGUGAUAUGCAAGAGCGAUUCCGGCCUGCCAUCAAGUACUUUGGUGAUAUCAUCAGCGUGGGCCAGCGACUGCUCCAAGGUGCACGGCUCUUAGGAAUUCCAGUUAUUGUAACUGAACAGUAUCCCAAAGGUCUUGGCAGCACUGUGCAAGAAAUUGAUUUAACAGGAGCUAAGCUCGUGCUUCCCAAAACAAAAUUUUCAAUGGUGUUGCCAGAAGUCGAGGCAGCAUUAGCAGAGAUCCCUGGAGUCCGCAGUGUUGUCCUGUUUGGAGUAGAAACUCAUGUCUGCAUUCAGCAAACAGCACUGGAAUUAAUUGGCAGAGGUCUGGAAGUUCAUAUUGUAGCUGAUGCUACCUCAUCAAGAAGUAUGAUGGAUAGAAUGUUUGCUCUUGAGCGUCUUGCUCGUACUGGAAUUAUAGUUACCACUAGCGAGGCUAUAUUGCUGCAGCUGGUAGCUGAUAAAGAACAUCCGAAAUUCAAAGAAAUCCAAAAUCUCAUUAAAGCGAGUGCACCUGAGUCAGGGCUCCUUUCCAAAGUUUAAAGAGGAUGUGGAGGAAGCAGAUCUCAUGGAGGAAGGAAAGCUGUAAGCGCACAUGUACACCUUAUUUCGCUCAGAGUUUGGUAGAAGUGUAAAAUUGAAGUUGACAUACUUGUGCUUGCCUUAGAAAAUUGUCUGGUUGUACGUCUGGGUGCCAGCAUGUUCUGUUUAGUUACAGCUGUCAGAGGUGUUUGGUACCAUAGGACCCUUU